AUGGACACCACAAAUGGCAUCGUGAAUGUAAGUGGAAAAUGUUUCGACUAUGUUACAGUUUUCUCUGAUGGAAUGCUCAAUGUAAAACAUGGAGAAAGUAUUCUACAACAUUCAUUGGUUCGUUUCCAUGUUCAAUUACUUCUGAUGUUCCUCGUCGCCAAUUCAUUUCACUUCUUGCUCAAAAGAUUCCAUUUUUUACGUUUCACCUCAGAUAUCCUGGCAGGUAUAGUAUUGGGGCCGACUGUGAUGGGAAAUUACUUUGGCAGUGACUAUAAUUUCUUGUUCCCUAGAGCAUCUAAUCAGGUCAUGGCUUCAUUAUCAAAGAUAGGUUACAGUUUCUUUGUGUUCUUUGCUGGGGUACACAUGGACACAACCUUGAUAUGGAAAACAGGAUCAAGAAAAGCUUUUGCCAUCGGAUUGCUUAUAUAUGUUACCGUUUUCAUAAUGGAGCUGAAUAUUGAGUUCCACUUUCCCAAAGAUAAUAGCUUAAUUGAGUCAACCAGGAAUGGAAUGAUAACUCAAGGGUUGUUGUAUUUUGGUGCAAUGAUCCACACUGAAUUUGUUGGAGUAAGUUACCUUUUAAUGGAGCUUAAGAUUAUAAAUUCACAGCUCGGACGCCUUGCUCUCGCAUCAUCGAUGCACAAUACAGUGCUGAACCUAGCAAUUGGGAUUCUGAAAGGUCUUAAAAAUGUUGUGUUAGGUAUAUCGAUUCGUGCCGGAAUUCAAGCCUGUAUUACAGCCUUAGCAUAUUUUAUGUUCAUUGGAAUCAUCCUGAAGAAGAUGGUUUUCACAUUCAUCAGGAGAACACCGGAAGGUCAGCCUUUGAAGGAAAUUUAUGCCACCAUUACUAUGGCCUUUGUGCUUCUUUUAUCAUCAACUGGUGAUACUGUAGGGCUAAACUACUUGUUUGGCCCUUUAAUAUUUGGCUUCAUAGUGCCUGCAAGGUCUCCACUAGCUGAAGUCCUGACAGAAAGGUUUACAACAGCCGUCAGAGGAUUUCUUCUCCCUCUCAUGACAAUGUUUUGUGCCUCCAAAAUUGAUUUACGCCAAUUUAUCUCAGAAUUCAGCAGCCUGGCCAUCUUCAAAAUCUCAUUGAUUGGAUUCGGAAUUAAGGUGGCUGUGAUUUUUAUAGGGGUGCUCUGCUGCAAGAUACCUCUAAGACAUGCUGUUGCUCUUACAGUCAUCUUGAAUGCCAAAGGUGUUUUCGAAGUGGGAAAUUUUAUCAGCUACUAUUCACUUAAGCCACUCCUUGUAAAAAAUCUCUACCAUCCUGCAGAGCAUUACGUGAGCUACAAGAGCAAAAAUAUCGAGCAUGCUUCAGAUGAUGCAGAGCUCCAAAUGCUGGUAUGUGCGCAUAGAGAGGAAGAUGCCAUGGCAGCAAUCACACUCCUAGAAUAUUCCAGUCCUACCAAGCAUACUCCCUUGUCCAUUUAUGGGCUCUGCCUGGAGGAACUUAUUAGCAGCUUUGUCCCUCUUGUAAUCGACCACCAAUUAGGACAAAAAAUCUCAUCUUCUAUGGGAUCCCGCUCGCAACCAAUCAUUGACAUCUUCAACUACUUCAAGACACAACACAAGUUAGUCCACAUGCAUGUGUUCACUGCGAUAUCGCCAUUUAAACAGAUGCACGAAGACAUUUGUUGGCUGUCUUUUGACAAGGAUUGUUCCCUAAUAAUAAUUCCUUUUCAUAAGAAAUGGAAUAGCAAAGGCAAAGUGGUUUCAGACAACAGUGAUAUGAGGAAGUUGAACAUCAGCAUAUUGGAAAACGCCCCUUGCUCUGUAGGAAUCCUUAUUGAUCGUAAACGAACCCAGGGCUUGCCUUCUACUUUUGCCUCGUCGACAACGCAUCGUGUGGCCGCACUGUUUGUCGGAGGCUCGGAUGACCGGGAGGCACUAGCUUAUGCCUUAAGGAUGGCAAGAGGCCCCAGAGUCGAUCUAACAAUCAUCCAUUUCGUGUCACUUACAGAUGAUGUCAAUGAUUGGGAGGAUAUGCUCAAUAAAGACAUUUUAAGAAGGGUGAAGGCAGAGAUGUCAGGGAAUAAGAAUAUCCAUUACAUAGAGGAGACAGUGAGAGAUGGUUCUGAUACAUCUUCCAUAGUUCAAUCCAUGGCUGGGGAUCAUGACCUUAUCAUGGUAGGGCGUCAACGAGAAACUGUGCCUAAAGCUUUAUCAGGCCUAUCUGAAGAAUGGAUUGACUUUCCAGAGCUUGGGCCGCUGGGGGACUUGCUUGCAUCUGAAUAUAUUUCUAAUCUAGCUUCAGUUUUGGUGGUUCAACAACAGAAGAAGAAAGAAAAUUUUAAUAUUUUAGAUUAG